GCGAUGAAGCUCGCUGUGAUCGUCGUUGCGCUUGUCAUGUCGGUGUCGCCCGCGAUGGCGCAGGAUGGCUCCGCUAGGUUUCAAUUAUUAGAUGCGGACGGAAACAUUAACUCAGAUUUUCGGGAUCAGGUCUCUACCAGGUUGAAAGCCCAAUUUCCGGAUACGGAUUUCAGCCAGCUCGACCGGGAAAAAAUCCGGGAUGCAGUCCGGAAACGGAUCGGCAGUCGGCGGGAAGGCGGCCAGCUGUCGGCCGACGAGAUUGAGAAGCGAAUCAGAGACGGUAUCCAGGAACGACUGCCAGACCUCGAUGUGUCGACGUUGAACAGGACUGUACUACGGGAGAGCAUCCGCACACGCCUGCAGUCUCGCUUCCCGAACGCUGACUUCAACAAGGACCUAAUCCAGCAAAUACAAGCGAACCGCGUGACCGGCGUCACGACCGACUGCGACCUCUCGGGCGGAACGAUGAAGAUAUCGAUGACCUUCAAGCGACCUUUCACGGGCAACGUGUUCGCGAAGGGUUUCUAUAACGCCGGCUGCAGAGUGCUGGGCACGGGAGAGAAGAACAUAGCUGUGAACGUACCCCUUACGGGAUGCGGAACCAUCACGGAAGUCAUUAACGAAGAAGACAAAGAUGGCGGCGAGACGAUCUACUACGUGAACCGAAUCGUGGUCAUGUACGAGGCAGAGUGGGGCGUGCUGAGUGAGACAGACCGUGCCUACCAGGUCGCCUGUCAAUUCGGCGGUACGGGAACGAGGCUGAUCACUGCCGGACCUUACAACAUACCAGGACUCGGGAUCACGGAAGUGGCGCCUGCGACCGUGGCGGCACCUAGUUGUUGGAUGAAGGUCGUUCCUGGAACAGACCCGUUGGUCAGUGAGGUGUCAGACUUCAUAUUGGGAGAGACUGCCCUACUAGUCGUCACCCUGCACGACAACUCGAAUUUUGACGUGUUCGUGAGAGAUUGCUACGCGCACGACGGACAAAACGGCAAUAUAGCUUUAAUUGAUGAGCUUGGGUGCCCAGCACACAAGAAGGUGUCGAUGACAGACGUCAUAACGGAUAAGGAAAGCCAACCUGGAGAAACGCUUGUCUAUUUGCCGUUCAAAGUGUUCAAGUUCCCUGAUAUAGACCAGGUUUACUUCCAGUGCAAGUGUCGUGUGUGCGUACACGACUGUCUAGGGGACUACCAGCCGGACUGUUCAGACAAGUCUGCUAGGUCGAAGAGACAAACCAUCAUCACCGAGCUCAAUGAUUUACUACCUGGCCGCAGAGACAACUCCACCGACCUCAAUGUCUUCAACAGUAUACGCGUGCAGAUACCUGAAGAGGGAAAGGAUAUCUAUAACGAUAUCCAGAAUCGUCGUUUGGCAGAGCGGGCACCAGCGCCGCGCAACGGCGACAUCUGCGUCGCCAAGACGACGUUUACGGCGGCGGCUGCGGUCGGCGGCGCCGUGCUCAUGACAAGCCUCAUCGUCUGCUGUAUGCUCAUCGUCCGCCUCAGCAGCAGAGGCAAGAUGGCGCCACACAGCAACACCGAGAUAAAGUACUGAGACCAUAGUAAUAAUACACAAUGUCUAGAUGCAUCUAGGGGUCUACGUUUCUUUGACCGAGUGUCCGUUUGCUGAGGAGUUGCAGCUUACAGAAUAGAAUUCUAACAACUAGUUUAAAAUAAAUAUAAGGGGGGCACCGUUCCGGCUGUGUUUGUACAUUGGGAAACUUGGCAGAUCCUUCGAUUGAACUUCAAUUACGUACUUUGAACCAAUGCGACGAAAUCAAAAUGGCCCGCCAUUAGUCGCUGCUGGUAGUUGUUUGUAGUUGUUUGUAGUCGUUGAAACGGGACAUGUAUUUAUAAUGGUUUUGUAUGAGGCGGCGGUUAUUUUAAUGUAUGUCAGUGCUGUUAUUCUUUAUUAUUAACUCGAGGUGUGUAACCAUGGCGAUUAUACA